AGAGUCAAACUGCAGCUGCUGUACAAGGCCAGCAUCCACGGUUUCACCGGUGCAGCCUUCCACCAGAGAUGUGACACCCGCUCUCCCACUGUGUCUGUGGGCUAUAACGCCUCCGGCUAUGUGUUUGGAGGCUACACCAAACAACCGUUUAGUCAGUCUGGACAGUACGUUCAUGACGACCAGGCCUUUCUGUUCACCCUCAGUGGAAAAAAGCUCCUCAGAUAUCCAGUCACUGGUCCUGCAAAUGCAGUGACAAUGAUCAGUAACAACGGUCCCCACUUUGGAGAAGCAUUGAUUCUUGUCAAUCAAAGCAAACCAGUAGUACAUAGUAAUCCAGGAAAUUACUACAACUUCACAGCUGCAGAAAUGCAUGGCAAUGAUCUCAACCUGACUGAGUGUGAAGUCUACCAGGUGGAGGAAACCACUGAACUUGAGAGGCCAUGGAGGACAAUAACCUGGGAAUUACUGAAGAGGAAGGAGCUGAUGGAGGGCAUUAAAACCUUCAAGCCCACAGUCGGCUCUGUGUCUCAGGCUCGAGUUUUGCUCGUUGGACCAGUUGGAGCUGGAAAGUCCAGCUUCUUUAACUCCAUCAACUCUGUGUUCAGAGGCCAUGUCACCAGCCAGGCCAUGUCUGGCUGCUCCAGCACCAGCCUCACCACACAGUUUCGCACCUACUCUGUGAAAGCUGGACGAGAAGGCAAACCUCUGCCAAUCAUCUUGUGUGAUACCAUGGGAUUGGAGGACAGCAAAGGGGCGGGGCUUGAUAUAGAUGACAUCAGCAGCAUCCUGAAAGGUCAUCUGCCAGACUGUUAUCAGUUCAACCCCUCAGCUCCUCUGCAUUCAGACACUCACGGUUAUCGCAAGAGUCCAGGGCUCAAGGACGUGAUCCACUGUGUGGCCUACGUCAUUGAUGCCUGCAAGAUCUCCAUCAUGCCCUCAAAGCUGGAGGAGAAGCUGGACGCCAUCCGCAAAAAGGUCAACCUAAUGGGGGUUCCUCAGCUGGUCCUGCUCACUAAAGUAGACGAAGCCUGUCCUUUAGUGAAAGAGGAUGUGAGAAACGUUUAUAAGAGCGGCUACAUUAAGGAACUGAUGCAGGAGGUCAGCGCUCGGCUCGGCGUGCCGUUGUCCUGUGUUGUUCCGGUGAAGAACUACAGUGAGGAGUUGGAGCUGGACAUGAACACCGACAUCCUGCUGCUCAGCGCCAUCGUUCAGAUGCUUCGCUUCGUCGAUAAUUACUUUGACGAGCUCAGUGACCGACUGAGCAAAGUUGCCACCAAAGAAGUGGAAUUUCGUUAAGGGACUGUCACAAUGUGCAGCUCAUGAGUACAUCGAGUUAAGAUCCACUGUGGUAAACGCAACAACCAUCAGAGUAUUAUUGCAUUGUUCCAAGAUGGCUACCCCAUCCCUAAGCACACCGAAUGGCUGAACCUAGCUUGUGUUUUCAUGCUCCAGAGGCUUUAUCAAUAGUUAAUAGCUGCUAUUUAAUCAGGUCUAACACCUCAUAGUGUCUGUGGGGUUCAGAGCCUUCAUCGCUUAGUGGGAACACACCUCAAACUCUCUGAGUCGGGAGUGUUGACUACAGGGUUGGGCCUUCAUCAUAGGAAAGGGCUCCUAGGAAUGCUGGGAGAUGUAGUCCCUCCAGUAUACUGUAAGGCUGCAGGUCACCUCCAGUUACUGGUUUCCAAAACUCUGAGGUGGAAAUGUUGACGGUGUUUCUUUGUGCCAAAAUAUAACCAGUUUUUUGGUGGGUGAUAUUGUUUGGGAUGUUAAUCCUGUAUUUAAAAAAAAAAAAAUUUGCAAAACAUGUCUAAAACCUUAAUUUGUUAUCUAUUUAGAGCAAAUAUACUGAUUGUGUUUUAGGCUUUGCUAAGUAUUUGACUGAUUCAGUGGGACCUUGGAGUGCAAACAAGCUUGAAAAUAGUUAAUCUGAUAUUUAGAGUACUGCUUACUAGUAUUGCAGAAUACGAUGUACUGCAUGAUGGCCACAUCUUUGUAUGAAGUCUUGCAGUUCUGCAGUAUUUGAUGUGUCUCUUGGCUAACAAAGUAAUGUUUGUUGUCAUGUUGCAUGUUAGGUACAUUUAGCAUGUGCUUUGAUUUUUGUCUGAUAAUAAAAACUGCCUGUUACGGCC